CACUAUUACCUCGUCUGCCACUUCUUCGCCAUGUUGCUCUAUGAAGACAUCCUCACAGGAGACGAAAUGUUCUCCGACGCCUUCCCUUUGAAAGAAGUAGACGGUAUAGUCUAUGAAGUCGAUUGUCAAAUGAUCUUCUUUAAGGAAGGCGACGUCGACAUUGGUGCCAAUCCCUCCGCUGAGGAGCAGGAAGAGGCGUUGGCGGAUGGAGCAGUCCAGGUCAACAAUGUUGUCCAUUCUUUCCGACUUCAGCAAACAUCUUUCGAUAAGAAAACGUACCUGACGUACCUGAAGGGAUACAUGAAAGCUAUAAAGGCCAAGCUUGCGGAGACCAAACCGGAACGUGUCGAGGCGUUUGAAAAGAGUGCUGCAACAUUCGCCAAGAAGAUUGUUGGCAAUUUCAAAGAUUUUGAAUUCUACACGGGAGAAAGCAUGAAUCCCGAGGGCAUGGUUGCGCUACUCAAUUAUAGGGAGGAUGGUGUCACCCCUUACUUUACAUUCUGGAAGGAUGGGACGAAAGAAGUCAAGCUCUAACGUUUUUUUUGUCAUAAGUUGGUUCAGGCUAAUGAAUAUAUAUGUUGUACUUAAAUAAUGCUGAUAAGAUCUGAG